CUGUGGCAACGGCGCGGCCGCCAUGGCCAAGCAGUAUGACAUGGUCGAGUGCCCCUUCUGCGACGAGGUCUCCAAGUACGAGAAGCUCGCCAAGAUCGGGCAGGGCACGUUCGGGGAAGUUUUCAAAGCCAAGCAUCGCCAGACAGGCAAGAAAGUAGCACUGAAGAAGGUGUUGAUGGAAAAUGAAAAGGAAGGGUUUCCCAUCACAGCCUUGCGAGAGAUUAAAAUCCUCCAGCUGCUCAAACAUGAGAAUGUGGUGAACCUCAUAGAAAUCUGCAGAACCAAAGCUUCUCCGUACAACCGGUGCAAGGGCAGCAUCUACCUUGUGUUUGACUUCUGUGAGCAUGACCUGGCUGGCCUUCUCAGCAACGCCCAUGUCAAGUUCACACUGUCAGAGAUCAAAAAAGUUAUGCAGAUGCUUCUGAAUGGACUUUACUACAUCCACAGGAACAAGAUCUUGCACCGAGACAUGAAAGCAGCGAAUGUCCUGAUCACUCGGGAUGGAGUCCUGAAGCUGGCAGACUUUGGGCUGGCUCGAGCUUUCAGCCUGGCUAAGAACAGUCAGCCAAACCGCUACACCAACCGUGUGGUGACCCUGUGGUAUCGGCCCCCAGAGCUGCUCCUAGGGGAGCGUGACUAUGGCCCCCCCAUUGAUCUCUGGGGUGCAGGCUGCAUCAUGGCAGAAAUGUGGACCCGCAGCCCCAUCAUGCAGGGGAACACGGAGCAGCAUCAGCUCACCCUCAUCAGCCAGCUCUGUGGAUCCAUCACACCAGAGGUGCGGGCCAGAGUGGGAAUGAGCUGUGGAGAGCAGGAGUGUGGGGAGAUUCUGCGACUAGGCACUCCAGCCUCUUCCCUGCCCUGUGUGCUGGCUGCUGUAUGCUCCCAGCAGUGGGGUGUACCUGCUGCUGCCAGCGAGGCUGGAGAAUCUUCUAGCCUGUGUUUUGGGGUUGUCUCUCAGACAAACACCCUCAAUUUCUGCUCAAAGAAGGGUGGAGGUUUUUAUUCUGAGGUGUUUUGCACUGGUCACCUUGAAAAACCUCUUGAAUUCUGUCUUGUGAUUUGCGGCAUCAGAUCAGCUCUGCCCCUCACCCGGCCCCUUCUCAGCUCCUCCUUUAUCAGCAGCUCGUCCUGCCCUCUUGUGGGGAGCAAGCUGAGAGAUCUCAGCCCGGACUGGGAUCUGCAGGAUGUUGUGCUGGCAGCUGCAGAGUCCUCAUCCUGCUGUUGCAGUCAUUAUGUAAAUACACUGAAGGCGCUUUCUUUGGCAUGUAGCUACCUGCUGUGGUAUCUCCCAGAUCGAGAUAAGUGCUGGUGAUUGCAGCAGGCUUUGCUCUCCAAGGAUAAAAGGUACCACAUCCAGGUGAUUAUUUAGCAAUCAGUUUUGUCACUUUAUCUUUCUGGAUGUGGUAGCUGGCCUGAACCGUACUCUCUAGUAGCUCUUUCAUGGGGAAACCAGAAAUCCUUGAGCAUAAUUUUCACACCAGGAGGACUGUCCUAACUUGUCCACAUGUCUCCAGGCAUUAGUGCAGCCUUUAGUGCCUCUUUGUUGCUGUGAGAACAAAGUCUGCCAGCUUGGAGGUUAUAAAAUAGAAUUGUUAUUUUGGUUUGCCUGAGGGUGUUUGAAUCUAAAAUGGCUUGUCCCUUCCAUAACUAUUUCUUGCCAACCCCUUUUACUGCCCCUUGCCAGGUUUGGCCGAACGUGGAUAAGUACGAGCUGUAUGAGAAGCUGGAUCUCCCCAAGGGGCAGAAGCGGAAGGUGAAGGAUCGCCUCAAGGCCUAUGUCAAAGACCCCUAUGCACUCGACCUCAUCGACAAGCUGCUGGUGCUGGA